AAAAAUCUUAUUCUUAUCGGCCUAUAAAUAAUACUGAAUUUAAAUAAUUUUGGAGUAGGUAGAGUUUCCUUGUGAUAUAAACCAUGGAUGUGCGCGAAACAGUAGAAAAAAUUUUGAAGCGAGAAGCUGAAGUUGAAGGAAUUAAAAACUGUGAUAUUACCCCAAAUUUAGAAGCCCUGAACGGUGAUGGGUUUUUAAGUGAAUUUUACACUGGUACCAUUCAGAACAAGGAUACUGGAAAAAUUGAAAACAUUUACAUUAAAGUAACGCCAUUUUUGUGGCAGUCUGGAUAAGCAUCAUGAACACUUGGCGUUUGUUAACCUGAAAGCUGAAAACUACGUCCUAUUUGAUAAGAGUCAAUUUAUGGACGAAAAGCAUCUGAAGGUUCAAGUGCUAGCCAUAAUUUAUUUACCCACAAAUUCCAUCAAUAAAUUACUCAAAUUAC